CCUGGUCCUUCUGCUGAACUAUUUGCGCUGCUUAGAUAUGCUAUGAACAGUCUCUGGGUACAUCGGUUAGGAUUCAUGUAUUUACAGAACGUCUCUUAUGGUGAUGAUGAGUACAACCUUAUGAAACAGACUCUUGCGUCUAUGGGUCAAAAUAUCAGUGGCGUGUUUACAGUGAAGAGCAUGCAUCACGGAUCAGCUGAUGAUGCUGUGUUCAAUGCUACGUGGGAGGCCUUUGCGGACACUCGUCCACAGGCUGUGAUUGUGUUUGGUGCACCUAUUAAAGACACUGCGAAAUUCAUCAUGAGGAUGCUGACAGACNUGCAACCAAGGUGGGAGAACUGUGCAUACAAAGUUGUUUGCAGAAGAUUUUAG